AUGAGGCUUACGGCAGACCUCAUUCGGGAUUCCCUUUCCUACCUCAACCCUCUCAAGGAGCGAGAGCUUGACCUUCGAGGACACCGCAUUCCCGCCAUUGAGAACCUAGGUGCCGCCGGGCCUCACGACUCAAUCGACUUCACCGAUAAUGACAUCCAAGUUUUGGGCAACUUUCCCCUAUCGCCACGCAUAACGACGCUGCUGCUGGCGCGCAACCGAGUCGCCAGCAUCCAACCCACGAUUACAAAGGCCAUCCCAAACCUCAGAAACCUAGUUCUCGCGACGAACAAUGUGGCAGAGCUGGCGGACCUGGACGUCUUGGGGAAGAUGACUCGUCUGACACAUUUGGUACUGGUUGACAACCCCGUUACCAAGAGAGAGAACUACCGCUACUGGAUCGUCUGGAAAUGCCCAUCCGUACGCUUCCUCGAUUAUCAAAAAGUAAAGGAAGCCGAGCGCGAAAGAGGACGCGAGCUGUUUGGCACAGAAGAGGAGCCGACCGCACUCGCCGCCAAGAUCAUGGGCAAGAAGACGACAACGUUCGACGCACCGGCAAACGGCGACGCAGAGCCACGCUCGAAGCUCUCGAGGAUAAAGCUGACAGACGAAGAGAAGAAGAGAUUACAAGACCGGAUCAAAAAGGCCACGAGCCUGCAGGAGAUUAUCGCUCUUGAAAAGGAGCUCAACGAAGGACGUCUACCAGCUGGCGUUGCUGGGGAUCACAUGGAGGAAUAA